AAGACUGACUCACGCAACAAAAAUAAUGAGGGGUAGUUGAGUUGUUGAAACUCAAAUCCUACAACUUCUUUAUCCAAAAAAAGAAGUUUUCCUUUUCUGUAAUUGUUUUCCAUUUUUGUUAUGUUUCCAUUUUUGUCUUUGAUUGCUGGGAACAGAAAAACAUAAAGAUUCUCGCUUGCUGGAGUUACAGAGUUCCUUUCCAGCUACAAAAGUUCAAGUAAUCUGAGAUUUGUGUUCUGUUUAAGAUCAAAUCAGAAGUAGAUCUCAUCUGGGUUUUAUCCGAAGAGCGAAGUUAGAUGAAUCUUGAAGCCAUCCAAGUGCUGCAAAAUCUUUGAAUUUUCAAGAAAUUAAGAUUAGCACAAAAGAAUCAGAUAUGAGCGGUCUUCUAUACAAAUACAAUCCUAAUUUUAAGGCCUCGGAGGGAGAGCCGAGGAAGAACCACGCGGCGGAGUUCAUGGAUUCGAAUAUUUUCCACCAGCAGCAUCCUCAGCAGCAGCAGAGCUCCGGCUUAACGCGGUAUCAGUCAGCUCCAAACUCAUUUCUGAUGGAGCAGAUGGACAACAAUGGCGGCGGAACCCAGGAUUUGAGGUAUCUUCAACCUUCGAGCCCUGAAGUCGAAACGGUGCUGGCCAGGUUCAUUUCUUCAUGUAAUGAACCAGAUCAACGUGACAAUGGUGUGCAGCAGCAUCAGUUUGAAAUCCAAGAGAGGCCGGUAAAUGUGAAGGGAGAGGCAGGGGACUCUGUUUCUGAGCACAUUAAUGGUUACUCGAAUUCUACUCAUAUGAUGUACCAAGCUCCUCAAGGUCAGCAAGCUCAUGGUUUAGACAGCAGCUCCUUUGCUGGAGUCAACUCUACGGGAAUGGAGAAUUCAAUGAUGCAAUUGAAAAUUGGGGUCGGAAAUCGGUCUAAUCAUGUUAGACAAAGUAGCUCUCCGGCUGGUGUCUUCCCAAACUCGACCGUUGACGAUGGCUUUAACGUGAUGAAGGACUCGGCAGGAUAUCGCGCAGGCAAUGGUACAAAUGGAGAAGCCAGUCCAUCAACUUCUAGGUUUGGUAAUCAACUGAGCUUCUCAUCAAGGCAAUCUUCAUACUCAGGUCGAAUGCCUCGGAUUGCUGAAGAUGAGAAUGGGAACUUGGGAGAAGGUAGCCAAUCGCAACCAGAUCAUAGUUUAGGAAAUGCUAAUGGUAGCAAUUCACCUUACCAGUCUAGCUUCCCAGAUGAUUCGUUGGACGAUUCUUCAUUUAAUGACCUCAAAAGAGCCAGAGACAAUGAUGGGAACAAGUUUUCUACUUCGACUGCAUUUGAAUCACAGAACAAUGAUUUUCGACACCGCAAUCUUGGCUUGACGCAACACUUGAGGUUUCCCAACCAUUUUGAGAUGCCUGCUAUGGAGAAGUAUUUGCAAUUUGAAGAUUCUAUUCCUCGUAAAAUUCGUGCCAAAAGAGGUUUCGCCACUCACCCGCGAAGCAUUGCAGAGAGGAUGAGAAGGACGCGGAUUAGUGAAAGAAUGAAGAAAUUGCAGGAGCUUUUCCCAAACAUGGACAAGCAAACAAACACGGCAGAAAAGUUGGACUUGGCCGUCGGGUUCAUAAAAGACCUUCAGAAACAGGUUCAGACACUCAAGGAUACGAAGGCCAAGUGCAGUUGUUCGAGCGAACAAUAACAAAUUCAGUGCAAAUCCUUCUGUCCGGUUUGUUCAUGUAAAUAUAGCAGUAGCCUGUUAAAUUCACUUGAGAGAUAAUAGUAGGAUGGUAGGAUGUACUGUGGGUGUCGAAUUGUAGCCUGUUGAAUGUUAGCUUUGUAGGCAGGCUUCUGUUGUUUCAAUUUCAUCAUGGUGUAAAAGAAAAGCAAAAUAAUAAAUUACCUCAAAGCACUUAGUGAUGAGUGAGAGUCGAGAAGUGAAUUACGAUGACGAUAUGUUAUGGUUCGAUCCCUUCCAAUGUAGACUUUCAAAAACGAAAAUCGCGCGAUUUGGUUAUGGUAA